AUGAACCUCUCAGUGCUGGGCUGUCUCUGUGAUGGACCCCUCCCAACUGUGGUUGCUUCUUUGUUGGUGGUCUCCGCCUCUGCCAGCUGUGUUUGGUUCACGUGUUGUCCCUGUGGUGUGUUCAGUGGAAUGUGCUCCAGUCCUAUCUGCAUUAUCGUGUCCAGUUUCAAGGCCACCACCUCGAGGGCCGUGUGCCAGCUGUCUCGCGAGUUUGUGGGACACCGCGAUGGUAUCUGGGAUGUUAGCAUCACCAAGACCCAGCCUGUGGUCAUGGGGACCGCCUCUGCAGACCACACUGCUCUUCUUUGGAGCAUGGAGAGUGGAAGGAGCCUGCUCAAGUACACCGGUCACCAAGGCUCAGUCAACUCCAUCAAGUUCCACCCCACGGAGCAGAUGGCCCUGACAGCCUCUGGAGACCAGACAGCUCACAUCUGGAGGUUCAUGGUGCAGCUGCCCACCCCUCAGUCCACUGCGGACUCUAGUCAGACGCCGUAUGAGGAGGAAGUGGAAUGCUCGGACAAAGACGAGGCUGACACGGAGCCAGAGGGUCUGUGCGAGUGCCCGUGUGUGCGCGCUCCCUCCACCACGCUGCGCAGUCAUCAAGGCGUGGUCAUUGCGGCUGACUGGCUGGUGGGCGGGCGUCAGGCAGUCACCGCAUCCUGGGACCGAGCCGCAAACCUGUACGAUGUGGAGACCUCCGAGCUGGUGCACUCACUCACAGGAUAUGUCUCUGAGCUGAUGCAUCUCGUCUUCACUGAGGUCUUCUCCGAGCCAGCUCCUUUUAUUGAAGAGUUGAAGACUGUCCCUGUGCCUAAAGACCUCAGCGCUCAGUUUGAGGAAGUUUCCAAGGGAGAUGUGAUUGCUGCACACGUUGUCGAGGGGCAGGCCAGGCUGACCAGAGGGUAG